AUGAAAUCAACAAGUAUGGAUUGCUCAGACCGACUUAGUCCAGCCAGUGACAUGACAAGCGAGUCAGAAACGUCACUUCCGCCAUUCCCAUAUGAGAACCAAAAUUCCAACUUCUAUCAACCGGAUAUACAGGAAAAACAAUAUUUCUCCUGCAAAGAGAAGUCACCCACCGAGAGAAGCAAAGACGUGUACCUACAAGAGAGCAACAAGAAUUUUGAUUACCUAACCCCACCGCGGAGCAAAAAAUAUUUGAAUUUCGAACUGAAAUUGCCGCCAAUAAAUGAUAACUUCUUUCAAAUUGAAACAGAGGAACGAAUGCGUUCAUAUUUCAACGAAACACAGAAAUGCGUUCAAAACGAAAAUAAUUUGACUGGAAUAGAAAUUGAGAUAAAUAAUCAACAUUUUGAAAACGUACCAAGUGAUGGGAGAUUGUCUUAUUUCGAGAGUGGUGCAAUGAAGCGAGUAAAUUUCAAUCCCGAGCAAGUGCAAUGUAUGUGUGAGGCGCUACAGCAAAAAGGUGAUAUAGAAAAGUUAGCGGCAUUUUUAUGGAGUUUGCCCGAAAGCCAACUUGUCUGCGGAAAUGAGACUGUUUUGCGGGCCCGCGCUUUGGUAGCAUACCAUAGAGGCGUAUAUCAAGAGUUGUACGCCAUCUUGGAAACACACACAUUCCCGCCAAAACAUCAUUCAAUGCUACAGACUCUGUGGUACAAGGCCCAUUAUAAAGAGGCAGAAAAGGUUCGCGGGCGGGCUUUAGGUGCCGUAGACAAAUAUAGAUUAAGAAAAAAGUAUCCGCUACCAAAGACAAUAUGGGAUGGAGAGGAGACAGUCUAUUGUUUUAAAGAGAAAAGUAGAAACGCUUUGAAAGAUUGCUAUUAUAGAAAUAGGUAUCCCACACCCGACGAGAAACGCGCUCUAGCACAAAAGACGGGUCUGACAUUGACACAAGUGUCGAAUUGGUUCAAAAACCGCCGGCAAAGAGAUAGAACCCCACAGCAACCGAAUAGACCAGAAAUUUUGGUGCCAGCACAGCAAGGCGGUUGGGCGCAGUCAUUCCUACCUAACGCCUAUUACCAUAAAAUACAGGAUACAACACAUUAUUUACACGGGAAUACGCCAUAG